AUUUAAUCGAGAUGUAGUUUAUUAUAAAUGGAAACAUUGUAUUUAUGAAUUUUAGCAGGAUUCUUAACACAUAUUUGUUUUGUAGGAUGAGCAAGAGGCUUAUUACCGACUUUUUUGAGACCAAAACUGAUCUUCCAAAUAAAAAACCACUGCACAAUCCAGUUUCUACUGAAUUACCAAAUAAAACUCCUGUUGUUGUAACUACUUCCUCCGAUUCUUCAAAGAAUGAAGAUGAGUUUUCUGAUUCUAUAAGGAAUAUGCUUGGAGAUGAAUGGUUUGAAGUUCUUGAUUCUGAGAUUAAUAAGCCCUAUUUUAAGAGUUUGUGGAACAAAGUUUUGAAUGAAAGGAGCUCUAAAAAGAUUUAUCCACCUGCACAUUUGGUCUUUAAUGCAUUUAAACUAACACCGCUAUCAAAGAUUAAGGUUGUUAUAGUAGGACAAGACCCAUAUCAUCAACCCAGACAAGCAAUGGGUCUUUGUUUUUCUGUUCCCAAGGGAGUAUUACUUCCCCCAAGCCUUAAAAAUAUUUUAUCGGAAAUUGGAACUAAGAGUUUUCACGGAGACUUAAGUUCUUGGGCCUCUCAAGGCGUGUUUCUGCUCAACAGCAUACUCACCGUAGUUGACAGUCAGCCCAUGUCACAUAAAUCCUACGGAUGGGACACCUUCACAGACAAGGUCAUAAACAUAAUAAACAAUAAACGGGAAAACGUUGUAUUUCUACUUUGGGGCCGUUCUGCUCAACAGAAAUGCGCAAGCAUAUCAUCGACAAAACACUUCGUUUUAACUUGCGGUCAUCCAUCUCCACUUUCAAUUAAGCAUUUUAAAGGAUGUGACCACUUUAAUAAAUGCAACGCAUACCUGAAGAAAACUGAACAGGAACCUAUAGAGUGGACUCUUCCACAGUGA